AAACCUAUUAAGUUUAAUAUCUCUAGUUCUGUUAACGUCAUUCAGCGGCUUUCAACACAAAUCGCAAAUUCUUGUGAAUAAAAAUUUCGGAUCCAAAAUUUUCAUACGGCAAGACUGAACUACUUUUGUAACAGGUGCUGCUUCUCGGUGUUGUUUUCUGCUACUCUUACUUUCUCUCCACUCUGGUCCGAUCAAGAUUUCCAACAGGGUUUGUUUGUCUGAGAUUUUGAAGAAGAUGAAUCAAGAAGCAUAUACGAUAGAAGUAACAGGGCUGUCACCCAAGGCUACAGAGAAAGAUUUGUACGAAUUUUUCUCUUUCUCUGGUGCAAUCGACCAUGUUGAAAUCGUCAGAUCUGGUGAUUUUGCAUGUUCUGCGUAUGUGACUUUCAAAGAUGCCUAUUCUCAAGAAACUGCUGUCUUACUCAGUGGUGCCACUAUCUUGGAUCAACGUGUAUGCAUAACGUGCUGGGGUCAGUACAAAGAUGAGUUUGAUUUUUGGAACAGACCUUCUCGGGGGUUGGACGAUGAAACAGAAUCAAUGCAGAGGCAAGCCCCACAGAGAAGCCCAUUUGUUUCUGAUGCUGGAGAAGCAGCUGCAAUGGCUCAGGAAGUUGUGAAGUCUAUGCUGGCGAAGGGAUAUGUUCUGGGGAAAGAUGCUCUAAGCCAGGCAAAAGCCUUUGAUGAGUCUCAUCAAGUUUCAGCAACUGCUGCUGCUAAAUUUUCUGAGCUGAAUCAGAAAAUGGGUCUCACUGAUAAGAUUGGUGCUGGUGUGGAAGCCGUUAAAUCUGUGGAUGAAAAGUAUCACAUCUCAGAUACCACCAGAGCAGCAGUCUCAGCCACUGGAAGAGCUGCAGCAGCUGCUGCAGUAACUGUGGUCAACAGUAGCUAUUUCUCUAAGGGAGCACUGUGGGUGUCAGAUGCUCUAAGUCGAGCAGCUAAAGCAGCAGCUGACUUGGGUAGUCGUAACGUUAACCAAUGAUAACAAAAAGUCCUUAAUGAACACCGCCUUUCAUUGUGUGUAUAUCAAUACCUUCAAAUCCUGUUAGUAGAUGGUUUUAUGCCUUAGGGAAGGUGGAAAUAGUCCUAUAUAAACUUGUUACAAUGAGUGUGGAUUAUAUGUUUUUUUAGGUUUAAGUUGUGUAUAUAAUAAGCCGUUGAAAUUUUUUCUCCUGCCCUGUUGAAUUUGCCGUCUGUUAAAAAUUUAUAUUUUGAAUUA